CUCACACUCCCUCCCGUAGAAAUGGAGAACGUGGCACCAGGGACCAUGAGGGCAGUCAGCAAGGAGCUGCGGGACCUGAACAAGGAUCCUAUUGAGGGUGUCACUGUGCUCAUGAACGAAGCUGAUCUGACUGAUAUAUACGCACACAUUGCUGGUCCAAGUGGUACACCUUACGAGGGCGGCAGUUUCAAAGUGAAACUUGUUCUCAGCAAAGAUUUCCCUGCUUCUCCCCCAAGAGGUUAUUUUCUGACGAAGGUAUUCCACCCGAAUGUAGCUGAUAAUGGUGAAAUUUGUGUCAAUACCUUGAAGAAAGACUGGAAACCUAAUCUUGGGAUAAAGCACGUGCUUCUGACAAUACGUUGUUUACUCAUAUACCCAAAUCCUGAAUCUGCUCUGAAUGAAGAAGCAGGAAGGUUACUCCUAGAAGCCUACGAGCAAUUCGCAUCAAGGGCGAAAAUGAUGACGGAAGUUCAUGCCAAACCCAUCAAUAAAGUUUCUGAUAAAUCAAUCCCCGCCACAGCCUCUUCGCAAAAAAUGGCAGCAAAGAAAAAGGCAAAGGGCCUCCGUCGACUUUAGGAGGCAGGCUACUGGUC